AUGUCGUCACCUCUUCUUAUGAUCAUUAAUCUUAUCAAAGAUCCAGAAAUCUCAAACAAGGUGAUCUUGAAAUUUGCGUUUCGCCAGGUCAAGGCCAUUGGCUACGCCAAGGUUCUUUCGAUGCUUCUUGGGGCACUUAUUGUGGCAGCAUCUUCGGUAAUCAAGAUUCCUCAGAUCAAGAAGAUCACGGCUCCGCCAACAACGCAACAACGGGCGGCAUUGGCUGCCGGCGUUCCACAGAGUUCCGUACGUCUCGAGGCAUUGGCGCAGCUCAUCCAUGUGACGUACAACCAGCAGAACAGGAAGUCGUUUGUGCUGUAUGGAGAGUCACUUUUAUUGGGCGUCCAGAACGCGGUUCUCCUUUUGAUACUUCAAUAUUAUAAAUUGCGUAGACAGAGCGAGGAUGUGCAGUCGCUCAGCGAGAAGGAGAAGACGGCGCAGGCAUUGAAGGCCUUGGCCAAGCCGGUGGCUGCCAUUGUGGCCGCGGUGGUAGUGAUCAAUAAGGUUCUUCCGCGCCGCGCUGUGCUGACGUUGCAGGUGCUCUGUAUUCCGUUGGCCAUUGCGGCCAAGAUCCCGCAGAUCCAGCGCAACGAGCAGUUGCAGUCGACGGCGCACUUGUCGCUGGUGACCAUUGGCGCCAACCUUGCGGGGCUGCUUAUCCGGGUGUUCACCACGGUGUCCAACUUCAAGCGGGGCCGCACCACUGAUUUGGUGUUGCUUGGCGGAUACUUUACUUCUUUCGCGCUCAACUCGGUGCUCAUGGGCCAGAUUGUGAAGUACAGCCAUUAG